GCUUGUUAUGGAAUACGUCGAUCAUUUGACAUUGGCUGGUACUGGAGUUUUCGAUGGCCAAGGAAAAGCUGGUUGGGAAAAGAAUGAUUGCCACCUGAAGAAAGAAUGCAAAAAGCUUCCGAUGAAUUUGAAGUUCAAUUUCAUCACAAAUUCGAUAGUGAAGGACAUAACUUCGUUGGAUAGCAAGAAUUUUCAUAUCAAUGUUUUGGCCGGCAAGAAUCUUACCUUCGAUCACCUGAAAAUCACUGCACCACACAAUAGUCCCAACACCGAUGGAAUUCACAUGGGCGAUUCAGAAGACGUUUACAUUCUCAAUACCGCAAUUGCAACGGGAGAUGAUUGUAUAUCUGUAGGAUACACUAACAGAAAAAUAACCAUUAGUGAUGUUACUUGCGGACCGGGACAUGGCAUUAGCAUAGGUAGCUUGGGCAAGUAUAAAACUGAAAAGGAAGUAGUAGGAGUUACAGUGAAGAAAUGCAAAUUAAUCGGUACUACAAAUGGUGUCAGGAUCAAAUCAUGGCCAGAUUCUGCCGUCUCAUACCCAGCCUCUGACAUGCAUUUUGAAGAUAUUGAAAUGGAAAAUGUUGCCAACCCUAUCAUCAUAGAUCAAGAAUAUUGUCCAUGGAAUCAAUGCAACCGAAAGGUUCCAUCAGCCAUUAAGAUUAGCAAAGUUAGUUUCAAGAAUAUCAGGGGUACAUCUUCUACUCCGGUUGCAGUCAAACUUGUUUGCAGUAAAAGUAAUCCAUGUGAGGGGGUGGAAAUUGCUGAUAUUGACCUCACUUAUAGUGGUAAAGAAGGGCCAGCUGUGUCUGAGUGUGCAAAUGUGAAACCGACCAUUUCUGGAAAGCAAAACCCUCCCAUCUGUGCUAAACCAGCGCCACCUGAGACCACUCCGUCAACUGAUUGAAUAAUCUUUUGACGCCGACAAAU